AUGUCGUCGGUCGCAGCGAGCGCGACAGCGGGUUCUGUCACGGGCAAAACACCCCGCAUCCUCGCCUGCGUGCUCUGCCAGGCCAACGUACAAUGUACCCCGAGCACACCCGCGCCUGCGCGCAAGCGACGAAGGCCAAACCAAGACCUCCAGGAGAGACUGGCGCGAUGCGAGGAACUAUUGAAGGAAUACGCACCCGAUGGGAAGCCCGACAUCGGAAGACUGAAUAGAAAAAAUACCAGCUUAUCUCAAAGCCCACCCAAGGGCGAGGAGCCGUUGCCGGAAUGGAAUCGUCACGGCAAACUGAUCCACGAAGACGGAAGCGUUCGAUUCGUGGAUUCGUAUAUGCUCAGCACUAUAUACGACGAGCUCCGGGCGAUGCGUGAUAUUAUUGACAACGACGAGAGCACUCCCGAAGACGAAAGCUCCGAUUACAUGACCCCAGAUACGAAUGCAGACCUCGUCUUUGGCGGCGAUGUCGCGCAGGGCGCAGGAAGCACCAUGGAGUUGCAACCAAGUCCAGGGCAUAUCUUCCGCUUGUGGCAGGUGUUUCUGGAUCGGGUCAACCCCCUGAUCAAGCUCGUCCAUGUACCGUCUCUCCAGCCAUAUUUGGUCGAAGCCACUGCUGGUGCCCCGCUGCCAAAAAAUAUCGAGGCCUUGCUAUUCUCCAUCUAUACGCUCGCCGUCGUCUCGUUGUCCGAUGCCGAAUGCACAUCUAUACUCGGAUACGGCAGGGAUGCAGCCCUCCAGCGAUUUUCCUCGGGUGUUCGCACGAGUCUGAUUCGCAUCGGCUUCCUCAAAACACACGAUUUAACCACCCUUCAAGCGCUCGUUCACUAUCUCAUCUCGCUCCAGGGCAGGUACAACAGGCAUGCCGCAUGGGUGCUCAAUGGUGUGGUGAUAAGGAUAGCACAGAAGAUGGGCCUACAUCGUGACGGCACAAUGCUGGGUCUACCACCUUUCGAGACUGAGAUGCGGCGACGUCUCUGGUUUCAAAUAUUGUCAAUGGAGUUCAAGACUGCUCUAAUGUCCGGUCUAGGCCAUUCGCUACUCCCAAGAGUCUGGGACACCCAAGAACCCAAGAACGUCAACGACGCAGAUCUGCAUCCCUCAGCGACCGAGCCCGUCAAGGAUCGAGAUGGCCCGACCGAGAUGAUCUUUGUCCUGAUUACAAACAAAGUCGCCCGUUUCAUCGUGGAAAGCCCGGGAAUUGAGCCUGUGUUUCUGUACAACGACGAAAAGGUCAAAAAUAUCCCCGGCGCGCCGAGCGAGGAAAAGAUUAAGGAAUUUCGCGGCCUGAUCGAUGGGCUUUCACAGUCUUUACUCGAGCUUACCGAUAAGUUCUGCGAUCCAGCAGCAGGCCCUCUUCAUGAAUACACCAUCGAAUUCAAGGACAUCAUUAUGCAACGCAUCAGGGAGUCACUCGAGCCUGGCGAUGCAACAAUCGAGACACACAUAGACCACAUGUUUAAAAUAGCAGUGGAGUCUUUUGAAAGUUCCCUCGCCAGCUAUCGGAACUCUUCAAAGGCCGCAUAUCUUUGGUUCCUGCGAUUGCAGUUCCACAACGAUCUAUUCACAUUCCUUGCCGGGCAACUUAGCCAAAGACCCUCGGGCCCUUUGGUCGAUCGUGCCUGGGACACCAUCGAGCACAUAUUAUCAUAUCACCCAGAGCUGCUUAAAGUCAACGCCAGCAAAGAAAACCUGUUGCUGGCGUCGCUCCUGGUCAAAGGCUGGAACGUGAAGGAGGAGUACUGCUCAACACAAAUCGGCAUAACACUCACCACGCCUCCGUACAUUGAGCACUUGAGGUCAAUGGUACCACAAGAUUACGUCAAGAGCGAGAACAGCAGUCCUUCACAGCUCUCCCGAAUUCCUCAGUCAAACCGCAUGGUCUCUGAGGAAGCGACCAACGUUCAAGUACCCAUGCCAGGGCCCGUGGAUCCGACAUUUGAUGAGUUUAUCGGCAACUACCUUGACGGGACAGAUUGGGAAGUCUUUUCAAGGAUUGAUUUGGACAACUCUGGCUUCCCCGUCGUUCCAGGCACGGGCGUUGCGCCACAGGGUGACGCGACAUCGAACGGCGUACUGCCGCCGACCCGUAUGGACCAUAACGACCCCAACCAGACGCCACCUCAGUUCACAAUGUUUGGUAUCGGACCGCAAUCAACAUGGCGAUAG